GGCAUUGAAAGGCACUGAAGUCGUGUCAUGUGCGACAAGUUUUGCGCCUUUUUCAGUCUGGUUCUAUUGAUGUGGUGUGAAGGCUGUGAUGGUGAUCAAAUGGGAGUUAACUGUGACCGCGAUACCGUCCUGGAUGUGAGGCGUAAUGGUUUGGGUUUCAUGAUUGCGUGCAGUUUCAAUUUUCGCUGUUUUGAAUAACUGAGACGUACUGUGGUUAACCAUCAGAGAUUUGAAUGCCGGCCGAGAAGAACACACCUGGACGCCAAAGUGAUGAGUAAUGGCUGUCUUGGACUGUAUGAUCAUCAUGUUAGGCCACAUGUUGGACAUCAACUCGUACAGAACAUACCACGCACGUUUAGAGUCAUCACAGUGAAAGCACCAUGGCCACUCCUGCUGGACCAAGACCGUCUCUAAUAGCUCGGAUGCGCGAUGCAAUAAUUGGAGCUUGCGGUCCAAAAACAUUUGUGGGAGGAGUACUUGGAGUCGUCUGCAUGAGCGCCUGUUGUAAAUUUAUAGAAGUCAUCCUGCUGUCACUCUUACUCCCUUUACAUAUUGCCAUGAUCGUAGUAGGAGCCUUAUAUCUGAACGACUGCCCCGUUGAGAAAUUUAUCCCCAUCUUCCUGGUGACUGGAGGGACAGUAGGAACCGUGAAGGACAUUUUGAACAUCUGCAAGAGACGAUCGGAGAAUGAAGAAGGCACCGCUCAGAUCGGAAUUUCGUGCUGCACUGGCAUUCUCUACACCUUCAUGUUUGGAUGGUUUAUAGCAGGUUGCGUGUGGGUGUUCGGAAACUACCAGCCAGACUUCGAUGACCCUACGAGCGCUAAAUACUGCAACAAGACACUCUAUAACUUCGCAUUUGGAACCCUCAUCGCUUCAUUCGCAUUGACUGGCUUCAUGUGCCUCCGAGAAUGCUGCAUGAAGGCAUGCGCAUCGUGUAUGGUGGCUGACUAGCAGUUAUGUUACUACUGGUAGCUUUCUAGUGGUCAGACAUUUUCGUUAUCUAUAGAGGUAGGCUCUAAAGCAUGACUUACCUGUUUAUCAAGUCGGCAUCUUAUGCUAUGUGAGUGAUACUUUCUGCUUCCGCUAUCGAAGCUGCUCCACUGCCAUUUUCGUUUGUUUGAAUACAUAUUUCGUAAGAACUUUGAGGAUCAGCAUUGUGAUCAGUGUAAAAAAAAGUCAUAUAAAAUAAAAUUAUGUGAAUGACGGUGA